UUUUUAACCAAAAUGUGGGAUGGCAUUUUAUCUAUAGAGAAUUGUUUAGGCUCUAAAAAGAGAUCUUCCCGUGACAGUAAAUUGAAAAGGGAAAACUAUGAAGGCUUGGUGACGUCAUCCAACAGUAGAGCCGCUUUUAUGCGGAGCAUGUUUCAUUUCGACAAAAGAAUAGAGUAUAAAGAUUUAAGAAUUCGUUUGAUAAGACCAACAACGUGUAUUAACAACGUCAGCCAUUUGUAGUUUCGAGAUGGAUAAAAAAAAACAUGUGUGUGAAGUGAAGCACCUGCCCGUCGGGACUGUUUCGGUUCCUCUGUGAUGUGCGAAACUUCAGCGCAAUCGUAAAUCCGCCUCAGAAAACCACCAGCGAGCUUCACUUCACUUCCACUUUACUGAACUCUCUGUUUCUGUUUGUCUGUCUCUUUUCGUCUUUGUCUAUCUGUCCGUCGGGAGAUCUCCAGCAUGUCUCUCCCGCAACAACUGCGAGAUGAAAGUGAUUUCGACCAGCUUCCAGACAACAUUCCGGUCUCUGCCACCAUCGCUGAUGUUGAGGAGAAGAAAGGCUUCAUUGUUUACUACAGGUUUGUAAUUGAGGUGAAGACCAAGGGCAACCGUAAGUACCUGAUCUACAGAAGGUAUCGGCAGUUCUUCACUCUACACGAGAGCCUGCAGCUGAAGUACUCACCAGAAGCCCAGUCGGGAUAUUACACCUGCAAACUACCGAUCCUGCCAGGUAAGGUCUACAUGGGAAACAAAAAGGAGAUCGCAGAGAGCAGAAUCCCAGAGCUCAAUAAUUACAUGAAGAGGUUGCUGUGUUUGCCUACCUGGGUACUCUUGGACGAUCUGAUACGGAUGUUUUUCUACCAGACUGAGUCGGACAGCCAACAGGUCCCCCGGGCCCUGCGCCGCUUGCGGCCCCCCACACGAAGAGUGAAAACCAUAAAGCCUAAAACAGACCUUCUCUCGGCUCCCAGAGCAGAGGCUGUGUUCGACUUCAGCGGCAGCGGACGGCUUGAGCUCAGUCUGAAAGCUGGAGACGUGAUCUUCCUCCUGCGGAGAGUCAACACAGACUGGCUGGAGGGCACCGUGAGGGACAAAACAGGGAUCUUCCCAGACUCGUUUGUAAAGAUUAUUAAACCUCUUCCCGAGAGUCAAUCUGAUGACGAGGGCGGAGCUUCUAAGAAUGGAGAUUGUGCUCAGGGUUCAUAUAGCUGCCUGCGCUGCAAUAUGCUGAAGCCAGAAGGAAUCGAUACAAGGGACAUUUGCGUGGAGGAAGACAUCUCAAUUCAACCAUCUUAUCAGGAACUUCUCUCCCGAAUGAGGGACGUUUUUCAAGUUGAAGAUAUUGCUCUGAACUAUCGAGACCCCGAGGGCGAUGUGAUACGGGUAUUAGAUGAUGAAGAUGUCAUGCUCCUGGUACGAGAGAGCAAACGGACGGGGUCAAAGGUCAAAAGACCCGUCAAUCAGUUUCCGUGGGAGCUGCUGGUCACAUAUUCUGAAGACCUGUCGGUCUACAACACACAGUAUUAAAGAGGAACUUCAAUGCAAAAAUCUACAUUCCGUCUUCAUUUACUCCCCCUUAAACCUGUAUAUGAAUCUUUCUUCUGUGGAACACAAAAUAAGAUAUUUUGAGAAAUGUCUUAGUGGUUUUGUGUUUAUACAGUAGAAGUCAAUGGGGUGAAUAAAUGAUGAAAGAAUUCUUAUUUUUGGUGAACUGUCCCUUUAACAGGAGGGUAUGGUUGUCUGUACAGAUUCCUUAUCAUUUCACAAUUACUGGACAGUGUUCUUUGUUUUACAUGUGUUUUCUAAUUGAAAAUGAAUUUGUGGUAUAAACACAAUCAGUAUUACAUAGUAGACACAGUUGCUAUUAUAUUUGAUACAUUUUAGUGAUAACAAAGCAUGAUUGUACUUUCUCAAGCAGUGUUUUUAUUUGUAUGGCGAUGUGACAUUUGGACCUUUUUUGUUGGGUUGCUAAAGUGCCCUCUUUGGGCAUUUCUUUGGCCAACUUCCUUCUUUUAAUUCCUGUUUUAAAAAGAAAACAAUAUUUUCAGGAAUUAUUUAUAAAUCGUGGGUGAGUUGAUGUGAAGCUCAUGUUGAUUUCAGCGACACAUGUAUAUGCAUAAUCUGUACAGUCGUGAUUGAUGUCUGGAGGGCAUGUUUGUAUACAUUAUUGUUUAAUGCAAACUUUGAGAGUAUGUUAAAAAUGGACAAACGCACUAAAACUUUAAGGCAUUUAUUAGCAAAAACUCAAACAACAGCAUAUCAGGAAAUAUGGGUUUUGCUCUAAUGUACAAAACAAUACAUAGAAAAACAAUGCAUUGAAAAACAAUAAGCUUGCAAGAAAUAAAGCAUUUGAUGGAUGCAA